UGGUCAUUUGUCGACUGAGGAGUGCGGCUAAGAGGAAAAAACCUGGAGAAGAGAGAACCAACAUUUUCUUCAGCCCUCUUUAAUUUAUCAAUUCCAUCCCCCCUGAAUUGGAAAUAAACUCGUCAAGAGGACAGUGGGCAGAGAGGGAAGCAGCCAUGUCUGGCACAUAUAAUGACUCCUUGACCGAUGUCUCCAGUGACAGCUUUUGGGAGGUGGGAAACUACAAACGUACAGUGCGGCGUGUUGAUGAUGGCAACCGGCUGUGCAAUGACCUGAUGAACUGCAUCCAUGAGCGCGCGCGCAUCGAGAAGGCCUACGCCCAGCAGCUGACCGAGUGGUCCAAGCGGUGGAGACAGCUUAUUGAUAAAGGGCCGCAAUACGGAACCCUGGAGCAGGCGUGGAUCGCCGUGAUGACGGAGGCCGAGAAGGUGAGCGACCUGCACAUGGACGUGAAGUCGGCGCUGAUGGGUGAGGACUUUGAGAAGGUGAAGAACUGGCAGAAGGACGCCUACCACAAGCAGAUGAUCGGCGGCUUCAAGGAGACCAAGGAGGCCGAGGACGGAUUCCGCAAGGCCCAGAAACCCUGGUCCAAGAAACUCAAGGAGGUGGACACGAUGAAGAAGGCGUACCAUGCGGCCUGUAAGGAGGAGAAGCUGGCCACCAGCCGGGAGAACAACAGCAAGCUGGAGAGCAACUCCAACCCCGACGCCACCAAGAAGCUUCAGGAGAAGGUGGAGAAGUGCCAGCAGGAUGUUCAGAAGACUAAGGAGCGUUAUGAGAAGUCCCUGGAGGAGCUGGACAAGGUGACGCCUCAGUACAUGGAGAACAUGGAGCAGGUGUUUGAGCAGUGGCAGCAGUUUGAAGAGAAGCGCAUCAGCUUCUUUAAAGAGCUGCUGCUUGAUGUCAAGCAGCACCUGGACCUCUCCAGUAACCACAAGUUCCAGACAGUCUACCACACACUGGAGGACACGGUCAAGUCGGCUGAUGCCGAGGAAGACCUCAAGUGGUUCCGCAACAACCACGGGCCGGGCAUGCACAUGAAUUGGCCCCAGUUUGAGUCCUGGAAAAGUCUUGGCGCUGACACGGGGUCGGUCCUGACCUUCGGGCCUUCGUUUCUGAAGGAGUGGUCCAUAGACAUGAACCGCACGCUGAGUCGCAGAGACAAGAAAAAGCCGGGUGAGGGUGUGAUGCUCACGGGUAUCAGCCAAACAGGAGAUCAGCCAGCCAAGAGCAGCAGCAGCCUCGCUGUGCCUCGUAGCACAGAGCCUGUGGGCGCGAAUCCAUUUGAGGAUGAUGAGGAUGCGGAAGAAUCGCCCCAGGAACAGCCCAACAGCAGCCCGACAGUCACUGUCAAAAAAGACCAAGUUGCCACCAAAACUGCCAGCAGCGUGGAUAAAACCCAGGACUGGUCGGACGAGGAGACAGGGAAUCCCUUUGCCGGUGAUGCCGCUGACGCCAACGGUAACGGCAACCCAUUCGAGGAUGAGCCUGUCUCUCCAGCCGUCUCGGUGCCGGUGAAGGCACUCUAUGACUACGAGGGCCAGGAGCAGGAUGAGCUGAGCUUCAAAGCAGGGGAUGAAUUCAUUAAGAUUGGCGAGGAAGAUGACCAGGGCUGGUGCAAAGGGCGACUGAAGGACGGCACUAUGGGUCUCUACCCAGCCAACUAUGUGGAGGACAUCCAGUAGUGAGGCAGACACAAACGAUGAGAGAGAGAGAGAGAGAGAGAGAGAGAGAGAGAGAGAGAGAGAGAGAGAAUGUAUGUGUAAAAUGGAAAGAGUAGGAGUCAAAUACAAAUCUGAGGACUGCUCACUAGUGCCCCCACCUGGUGGGAUGUGGACUGAAUAUGCUGCAUUGGAAAGCAAGGAGACGCCAAAUUAUACAAAGUCAUCUCUGGUGUGGUUGCCGAGUCUCUUAUCAUACAUACAUCACCAGGUAUCCUAACUUGCAAACAACUCACAAACUCAGUCAACAAAUAUCAACAAAACAAAUCACUGAAACUGACUAAAGCCAUUUGGGGAAAAAUUGCUGAAAAUUACUCACUGAAUCCACCUGUAGUCACUGUUGAGCAAUAUAUUAUACAUGCAUCGUCAUAAGCCCUCUACAAGUUUGCUGUCUCACUCGCUGUGUCAUAGAAGAUGCUGGACAAAAAUUGAGCCAAUAGAUGUCGCCAUGCAUGCCUUUGACAAAUUCAAGCCUUGUACAUUUCAGAUUUUAUUAUAUUAUUUUCAGAGUCUGUAUUUUUAUCAUUCAUGUCUCCACUGACUUCCUUCAUGCUGAAAAUUCAGUAUUUUGGUUUUGUUGCAUAUCCAAUUUGCCUUACACAACUAGGCCUUUACAGUAUAUCUUGAAGUUGGGAGAAAAGUCAUCGAGGAAAAGCUUAACUCUUAAGUUUAAAAGUUAAACUUCCAUAUUCCUUACUGUACCUCAAAACAAUACACACCACUGUGUGGGAGGAUCAUUUGUCCUGUUUUAUGUUAAAUAGCAUCCGCCAAAACUCAGAAUCUAAGGAAAAUACAUUUGGAUAUGGAUGAUAUUGUACAUUCUUAUUUAGUGGAAG